UACGUCAUUUUUCACGACGUAAAUAAACUAUUGAUCGAAAACGGCCUACUGGUAGUAAUCGAAUACGUCGGAUCAGGAACCGUCGAGCAUACAAAUUUCUUUGUAAACUGAGGAAAUCUUGUUAAUUGGGCAAACGGUAUUCAAGUUUGAAUCGAAGUGUGACAUUUCUUAGUCUUACAAUAUGGCAACAAGCGCAGUUGCAGCACAUCACCAUGUUGUGAAAGCUGGAUGGAUGCAGAGGGAAACCGAUGUAUUGAAAAGAUGGAAGCACUGUUUCUGUAUUCUGAAGACAGAUGGUAUACUGUCUUACUACAGCGAUGAGAAACAAAAAGAUCUUCAAGGUCAUAUCAACCUCCCAAGAGAUUGCUUUGUCCUGAAGGUCGCGCGUGAUGUAAGUGGAGUGACCCCUCCAAGCAGCCACGAUGUUAUGGGUCUGAUUGAGAUCCGUAGUAGUAAUUCUGCUACCAUCUUCUGUGCCGAGUCGUACGAUGAUGCGCAGAUGUGGAAACUCGUCUUUGAUGAUGUCAUCAGAGCGAACAGAGCUGCCCCCAAUGCCCAACAGGGUCAACCUCCCCCGGUCAUCAACGGCAGUGUACCCCCACCAUACUACGCAGCUGGACCAGGCCCAGUCCCUCCCCAAGUCGUAACGGUCAACCCUCCCCCGGUGUAUUCUGUCAACCCCUCCCCAGUGACCGUGAUCACCCCCGGUUCUAUUGGUACGUCCAGGGUGACCUCCACAACCUACCACCCCAAUGGUCAAUCGGUCAGUGUUGUCCAAAGAGGUGGUCUGAGGACCUGCUACCCUGGUCAAUCGGUCACUUACGUCCAAGGAGGUGGUCUGGGGACAUGUUACCCUGGUCAAUCGGUCACUUACAUCCAAAGAGGUGGUCUAGGGACUUGCUACCCUGUACAGCAGACGGCCUAUACCUACCCUGGUCAGACAAUCAUCCCAAGCGGCAAUGGACAUGUGACCACAUACAACAUCCCGAACCAGACCACCACCCAAGUGUAUCAGACCAGAUACUACUAAGGUUUGCUUCACAUCAUUCACUAUGAUCAUCUUCGUCAUCAAUGAUCAGGAAAGAGGUGUGGAUAAUAAAGCUACCACAAGCUGAGUUUGUUGCCCAGCGUGACUUGCCCCGCUCUCCCAUUGCUCUUCAUUCUUGUUAAGUAUAAAGCAAAGACAAACACAGAAAUGCACCACUCAAAUUUCUCUCUGCAUUCAAGCCCAUCAUUUUAUGUCAGGAUGUAUGAAUGAGAGUCACUGGAAAUUUGUGACCCAAAAUGAGAAUAAGCACGAAAUUUGUCCUUCACCAAAUAGAAUUGCAGCUAAACAUCCUGAUAUUAUUUUAGUACUUUACUCCAGAUUACUAACGAAUGUAUAUAUUGUUGUGGCGUGUUUGUGUAAAUGCAUUUGAAUACAUUAUGACUUGCAUGAGACUAUUAAACUGAAUCAAUGAAAGUUGGUGAAAUUUAUGUACAAUUUAUGUUUGUCAUGCAAGAGGCAAGAAAAUCGUAUUUGAAACAAUAUUGAGAAAUUAUUGUAUCCUUUUACAUUUAAGUAAUAAUAAUGAUGAUGAUAAUGAUGAAUUCGUGUACAUAUCUUCUGUAUUCUUAAUUAAUUUCAAUAUACUACUUUUCUGUGUAAGAGAUUGACAUUCCAUUUCUCCCAAUCUUUAUAUCUUUAUUAAAAUUCUAAAACUUUUUUAAUUGUGCCUUUUUCAGAAGAUUGAUGUGUGAUUGAUAAAUUACUCUUGAAGAAAUUAUUUCACCUUUAUUAUGUAUAUUGUGUGUGUUUUUCAUGUAAUUUGAACAAUUUUGCAUGUAUGACUGGUGAAUGUGAAUUAUUAUACAUAUUUCAAAAUUUAACCAUUUUAAGACAGGAUUUGUUUUAAAAGCUAAAAUGAUUACAUGUUGUUCUUCAAAUUGGCAACAAUAAUGUUUUUUGUUUCUUAUAUUGCUACAUUGUUCCAACAAAAUGUAAUGUCUCUAACUGUGCCAGGAGUGUAAUUUUUUUUGACAAACAUGGCACAUUAUAAAUGUUCACUAUUAUUAUUAUUAUUAUCAUUACAGACUGUCCAAAAAGUUGAAAAAAUUGCAAAAUUUGAUCAUGAAAAUAAUGAUUCAGAAAACCUCACAAUGGGCUGCCAAUUUAAGGAUUUUAAAGCUUAUAUUCCUUUUUUUAUACUCCUGGCAUCAAACGCAAUAUGAUCAAGCAUUUUUUUGUAAGGCUCUCAAUCAAAAGUUAUUGAGUCAAACCACAAAAUCUGGAAUGAUUGUCCUGGGGGGCUUUUCACAAAACUCGUCAUCAGCGACAAAUGACAGUUUUUGUUAUAAGCUACUGAAAUACUUGCUUCUGAUUGGUUAUCAAUAGAUUUGUCACUGAUUUUUGUCAUUUGUCAUUGAAAAAAGGCUUUGUGAAACGGGUCCCUGAAAGGGUUCCAGUGAUUUUGUUGACGUGUAGCAUCUGAUUUUAUCGUCAGCUGCUGUUGAACUGUAGUUAAACGAGAGUCAAUACUUGUAUGAUCUAUUUCCAAUGAUUCUUAGACAGUGUAUUUAAAUGGUAGUAAAGCUAUGUGAAUAUGAGUCUGCUGAUGUUAUGUAUGAAAAGGGCAGAGUACAACAAUAAAUCCAUGAAAAUAUGACUUGACACAUGAAAUAACAUAAAUGUACAUAAUGCGAGUCUGCUGAUGUUAUGUAUGGAAAGAGCAAAGUACAACAAUAAAUCCAUGAAAAUAAGACUUACUGUUAAUAUAACACAUAAAAUGACAUAAAUGUACAUUUUUAGUAGUUCUUGUACAAACUGCUUUGUUUGUAGAAUUGUAGAGGAGUCGUAGUUGAGCAGGUUUAAUCACUCAACUGAGAAUGCAGAGGUCGAAGGUCGAUCCCCGGCAUGGCACUCAUGUCUGUGAGCUUGUUUUGAUUUUUUUUAAAUUUUAUCAAUGCCCUUUCAGACACGAGGUUUUUAAAGAGCCCCCCCUCCCCCGCCAAAAAAGAAGGCAACAUACAAAUUGGUUUAUUGUAACACACUGACCAGGGAGUACAUGUCCAAGGGGAGUUUAGUUGCCAUUUUCAUUCCACCCCCCCCCCCUCCCCCAUUAGAUUCCUCUUGCCAUUAAUGUACUUGUAAAAAGAUUUUCUUUUUUUAAGGUGGUUAAUUGUCUCGUUAAUGUCCCCGUGUCUGAUCAAGACUUUGAGUACUUCGUAGCUUCCUGCAAAUCAAGUCUGCCUUAAAAUUAUUAGCAUCUUAAUGUUAAAUAUAUGGAAGUAGAAUUACUGUAUUUGACAAGUUCAACGUUUGGUUCACCUAAUUAUGUCAGCUUUGUAAUUAUUAGCUUUGAAUAACAGUGAUGUAAAUUUUCUCUAAAAUGUUCCUCAGAUACAGGUUUAUCUGUAUAUCAUGCUUUAUCAUAUAAAAUCAAUUACAGUCAAACCUACGAAGGAAAACACCAAAGUUGGCCACUGUACACAGAUGACCUUUAUAGACAGGUUAUACAACACAUUUUCUUCUUCAAGGAAGCCAAUAAUGGGUUAGAAGUAUAGAGGUGGCCACUUAGACAGGUUUGACUGUGUUAUGUACCAGUAAUUAUAUAUAUUUUUUUAGAUUAGAGUGUAUGAAAAAGGUUAUUGUAUACUUAUAAAGCUUUAACGUUAUUAGACUAA